AAGCUUCGUAUGUCGAUGGGUUAUCACAUCUUCGGCAUUUGCUCCGCAUUGAUCGGCGCUUCGAGUUUCAACUUGCCGAGGGACAGUCCUUACAUCAUUCAUAGAAAUAAGACGAGUAUUUCUUACAAGUGGGAAUGGAUUCCUCCGAAUAUCGAAAUUUCAAAAGAAAUGAGCGCGUCGCAAGGAAAUCAGUCUGAAAAACUGGAAGCACUCGAACGCACGGAUGGACAAAUCGAAAAACUAGCUCAAGAUCAUAUUUCGUUUUAUCUUUACACCAAAAAAAAUCCGCUCAAUCCACAAGUGCUCACAAUCAAUUCAUUACAAUCUUUGCGUAAUAGUUACUUCGAAGGUGGCAAAUCAACGGUUUUCAUAACGCAUGGAUGGAUCAAUAAUGCCAACGUUGCGUCUUGUACGGCCGUCCGUGACGCUUAUUUGGCCGGUUCGGAGACGGUAAACGUGAUAGUGGUGGAUUGGAGCUCGUUCAGUGUAUCGCUUUACCACUGGUCGGUGGAAAAGGUGGAAACUGUUGGAACCCAAAUAGCACGAAUGAUCGAUUACUUGAGAGUAAAUGCUAAUUUAAGACUCAGUAUGACAACACUCGUCGGUCACUCGCUAGGUGCCCACGUAAUGGGAGUUGCUGGGAGAAAAGCAAACGGCGUGAUCAACCAAAUUUUCGGUUUGGAUCCGGCUCGUCCAAUGUUCGAAGACUCGAACAACAAGAUACGGUUAUCAAGCAACGCUGCGAGAAACGUGCAAGUUAUUCACACGAAUGGGAACCAAUGCGGUUUAUUGGAACCGCUCGGUCACGCGGACUUUUACCCCAAUGGAGGUACGAGCCAGCCGGGAUGUGCCGUCUUCGAUCUUUUAUCAAACGGCGCUUGUUCUCAUGGGCGAGCUUUUUACUAUUUCGCGGAGUCGCUCAAUUCUCGAGUGGGUUUUAAAAGCGUGAGAUGCAGGCGCGGAGAAAAUGUGUACGAAGGUCAAUGCCGAGGAAAAGUUGGCAUCAUGGGAGGCCGCUCGAAUCUCAUCCCCUAUGUUGGACUUUUUUACCUCAAAACCGGUGACGUUUCGCCUUACGCGUACAAGUUGCGAUUUAAAAAACAAUAAAAAGUUAUCUUUAACCAAAAAGGUUUUUCGUUCCAGUUUACGGAAACGCGUGCGAGAAUGACAAAUAUUUAAUGGAUGAGUGAAAAUUUCGUUAAUCCUGAACUUUUUCUCAGACGGUAGCAAAUUUUAUUUUUAAAUGUGUGACGUUCCGAUGAACAAUUAACAUGUAGUUAAACGGAAAAAUAUGAACGAUUAUAACCUUCAUUUUUCAUUUCUUAGGAAAAAAAUUAAACUACGAAAAGGUUUGAAUGAAACUCUUGUUUCGGGCUUUCUUGGAGAAAAAAUGUUUUUGAUGAAAUAAUUUAUUUACCAAUAGAGAUCAUAAAAAAACGAUUUUCGCGAUAAAUGUCGAUCGAUUCGUAGUUUAUACGACAAAAAUGCGACCUCCGAUCGAACGAACAAUUAAAAUCAUUCAAGGCAGAACAGAAUAAAGUUUCAAUGAUUAUUUUCAAAUAUUCAACACCACAAAUUGAGAUCCCGUGAUGUCUCACCGGCAAUCGAAAUUCCCAUUUUUAUAAAUUCUUCUUUCCUUUUUUCUUGUGUGUGCAAUUUGACUGAAGCAAUUUUCCAAAAUAGAAAAUACGUUCCCUGAGAGAACGAAAACUGUAAGAAUUGCGCAUUUGGCCGAGUUUCAUGGAAAUGCCGCUGCUCAAGCUUCCGAGGAUACUGGUCGUAACUUCAGCUGUAUUCUUGAAGACUGAUUCGGUUUUUUGGAAUCUACUAUAAAUAAUAAAAUAAUUCGAGUGACGUGCGAUUGAUUGAAAUGGAAAAUGGAAUGUAAUUUUGAAUUUGAGUUCACCCUAAAUGAUGAUUCGACGUCGAUUAAACACAAACUCAUGUGCACAAUGUGCGAAGCAUUGCGUUAACUGACUCUUGCUGCUGGGGUUAUAGAACUUUAUUCAGCGUGUCUACAACGAUGAAAUUCUCGAUCCCUCAGCAGUAAAAAAAGGAAAUUGUUUGGCUCCCUUCUUCCUUUAUAUUCAUGCCUCGUAACAACGAAAAAUAAGAAAAAUAAACGACGACCUCGUGUACUUGCAUAGUCGUUAAAAGUUGAGCACCGGGAAGAAACUCGUGCCACGAGAAUUAAAUAGUCGACGCGAAAUGAUUAAGCCGUUCUUUGUUUUACACACAUAUACUUUACACUCAUACAUACUUUUUUCUAAAAAAUGCUACUGUUUCUCGAGUGUAAGGCCUGAAGCCCAUUAGCAGCGUUGUGUGGCGCGAGGCAUCCUUACCUGGAAAAAAAUUCAUAUGAAUAACGUAAAAAAUAAAUGUUUGAGAAUAUCGUUAACGACUGAGAAGAACAAAAGCGGAAACAAUUGAAAUAAUUUCGUUGAAAAAUAUUUUUAAAAUCGCCUUAUCGGUGGCACUCAAAUCGCAGCAUUGACCAGCAUAAUCCUUAAUCGAUUAUAUUGUUUGUUAAAAACGUUGACAACAUUGUUGUUUUUGAUUUUAUAAAGUAAAUAAUUAUUAUUUAAUUAAUUUUUGCGAUAUAAUCUUAAAUUCGUACUGCAGCCCUUUGAAUUAUCAAGAAAUUUACAAUAAUUUACAAAUUUUACAAAAAUCAUUGAAUCUGAUUCAGGCUUUAUUGUUUGCAAUAGUCAAAGAUUAAAAUUGUGUACUUAGAAAAGAAAUUUACAAAAAUUCCAUUUCAUGUACAGGAGAAAUCUUCCCUGAUUCUAGUAAGCAAAAAGAAAAAUAAAAAAAAGAGCUUAGGUUAAAGAUAACAAAGAU